AUUGGAAAAGUAUAAAAGCACGGACGGACGUUCUGUAGAGUCAUCAGUUGAAUUGGCCUUUGGUUGUAGCUACUUCAAAGAUGAAAUUCCUUUCGGCUGCCUUCCUUCUCGGCCUUUUGGCUCUGACCAACGCCACCCCUCUGAACCCGGGUAAUGUCAUUAUCAAUGGAGAUUGUCGUGUCUGCAAUGUGCAUGGCGGAAAAUGAGACGGAAAUCCAUUACCGGAACGCUCUUCGGCUGCUAAGAUGGACAUAUAAAAAGAUCAAUAAAUAAUUUCUUAUCAAUUUUUGAUUGGACUUCUAGAAAUACUGAA